UAUUCAAGCUGGAGAUCAAGACAAUCACAUGGCGGCGGAUGGCGGUGUGUUCAGUGACAGCUGCACCAAACACUCCCGCAACAGCAAUACGUAAGACCUUGGAAUUCCGCUGAACUAAAGAGACACGAUAGGAAACAGGACCAAGAGCAGGAGAAGGGACAGCAGAGGUCAGGUCACACUGUCUCCUCCAUUUCUCUCCGUGACGAGGCCAACAUGAAGUUCUCAGGCACCAUGAUAGAACUUGGCUGCAUCAGACAGUUUGCACACAUCAUUGGGUCGCUUGCUCGCCUGGCCAAACUGUGUGUCCUGCGCAUCACCCGCACACACCUCUACUUCAUCAUCAAUGAGCCAGGCACAGUGCACCGUGCACCGGGCCUCUGGGCAGAGCUGGACCAGGGCCACUACUUCAGUGCUGUCACCAUGAGCGGUGUCUCCGAGGAACACAAUGAGAUAUUCCUGGAGUUUGAGCCAGACAAGCUAUCAGGGACUCUGAGUGUCUUCAAGUCCAAUAACAUUGCUGUGCGGAACCUGAAGAUCAAGCUGGCCAAGAAGCUGGCGCCAUGCCUCACCCUGGAGAUGCAGAUGCCGUCCUUCUCAGAGCACGCCAGGACAGUGGUGCAUGAUGUACCAGUCCUGCCCCUCCCCCGCCGCCAAUGGCACCUCUACCAGGAACCUGAGAUGCCACACUUCUCCGCCUCUGUCUACUUACCACCACUGAAGAAGCUGAGGCACGUGGUGGAGCGCAUGAAGAGCCUGUCGUCCAGCCUCACCCUCGCCGCCAACCGCCAGGGCACUCUGGUCCUCUCUGUCACCUCAGAUGCAGCCAAUGUUUCCACCUACUUCAGGAACCUCAACAUGCCCACUUGGGACAUGGAAGGUGCUGCCAGCCAGGUGGACAAAGAACAGCUGCACUCAGCUACAGUGGAGAUUAAGAAGCUCAUUUCUUUCCUGGCUGGGGAGCAGAUUGGCCCAUCUAAAGUCAUAUGCAAUAUAGUAGAUGACCGCAUGAUCCACCUGUUCCUACUCCAUGAUGAUGUGAUCCUCCAAUAUUUCCUGCCAGCCACAAGAAGCUCGUAGCCAUCCAUAUUCACCUUCAGCCUCCACUCAUCAUCAGGUUCUGCUCAUGCCCUCUCAUUCUAGCUGUCCCAUCCUCUGCCACCAUUCUCUCUCAUCUUUCUUACUUCUUGCUGCUCCUGUCCUAUCUGCCACAGAUCUACAGGCUCCUCUCCUCUCAUCCUCUCCUUUCACUGUUCUUUCUCUUCUUUAUCACCAAUCUGCAUCAUUUCCUACUGGUGCCUCUGUAUCUGCUACCUUGACUUUUAUCCUUCAUCAACCUUCACUGUGUCACCCACAUUACCCAUAAAACUUUGCCAUUGUCAUUUCCAGGUUCAUAUUUAGUGUUAAGAAUUCAUGUUUUGUGGAGUGUUAUUUAUCAAGCCACAAUAUUGUACUGUGAUCAAAGAAUGACAAGUUUAUUUAUAGCAUUGUGAAAGGAUUUGGUAGGAUUCGGUAGGAGUGCUAGGGGAGGUUUUCAUUAGGUUCUUUGUAAGGUGAUGUCUCUCGUCGUGUCCCUUUUGAAUGUUGAGUGUCCCUUUGUUAUAUAAUUGUGGCAAGUCUGAUAUACAAGUCACUGGAGAAAAUAUGCAACUACUUACUAUACUACUACUACCCAUCUUUACAGACAUAUAAUGCAAUACAGUACUUCUCAUCUCCAUAUAGACAUAUAUAAUGCAACACACACUCCCCACACCCACUGAUUUUGCUGUCUUACACUACAUUUUUACUGUCUCACUUACUUUCUCAACACUGUCGUUGUUUGUGUAAGAAACUGUGGCAUGAGAAGGUAAGUGCUGACAGGAAAAAUGUGGUGCAAGACAGCAAUAUCAAUAUGGGUGGGAGGGUGGGGUGGGUGCAGGUGUGUGUGUGUGUGGUGUAUGUCAUGCAUGUAUGUCAAAGAGUCCCUGGUAUAAAUCCAAAGUGGUUGUGUCUUCCCCAUGUUCAGGAAAUAGAAAGUCAUUGUUUUUCCAAAUUAUACACCAUUUAUUAUUGACUUGUGAAAAUUACAAAAUUGUCACAAAAUCAGUUGUAGUUAUUAAUGAAAAAUUGACCAUGAUGUGCUAGUAAUUUCCGACUCAUUCUUGCUACCCCGCAGAAAGUCGCAGUUUUCUGAUGCACUUUCCGUGACUCACUUUCUUCACCUAAACUCGACAUUCAAGAUGAAUUACCAAGUAGGAUAUUUGAGAAAAUUAGACGUACAACUUAAAAGUAUCAUUCGUGUAUUUCUCUUUUGGUUACAUUCAAAAGGCUCACAACUGCAUCAAUCACCAAUGCAAAUAUAACCAUCAUAUAUUUGGUGUAACAGAAGUAUUAAAAGAAGAGUCUGCACUUUACUGUCCUCUGUUGGGUUGAGGAUGGAAUGGAGAGGUGAUAUUCUGGAGAAGCUGUGGUGAGUGACUGUGGUUUGUAAACAUACUGUGGGGGGACAUCCUGUGGGUCUGUGGGUUGAGAGAGAGAGAGAGAGAGAGAGAGAGAGAGAGAGAGAGAGAGAGAGGGGGGGGGGAAUUCUUGAGGCUGUGUUGAGUGACUAGUUUGUAAACAUAGUGUAGGGCAGCAGUAGGGAAAGACCUUGUGGGCUGGAGAGGAGGAGAGGAUAUAUCCAAAGCAGGACUCAAAACAUAACCACCAGCAUGACCAAGGCAGGGGGUAAAAGCUGCAACCUUGCAACGGUUGCAUUUCAUAAUAGGGAAAAGCAUAAUUGUUUCUAGGUUCAGCAUUUCACAAGCCCUACCUCACUCAAGUACAAUUCAUGACUGAUAUUUUGAUAAAUGCAGAGGGUGAUGUUUACUCAACAAGAUGCAAGCCACAAAUGCAGGAUACUUUGUGGGGGCGCUUAUUCUGGUAAAUGAGUGGCCAAGUCGGGCAGAAAGGUGGACAAGUUUGGCUUAACUUAUUUUCGAAAGUACAAAACCGGACAAUUUUCAACAACAAAGUCCAUCAAGACCAAAUGGUAUAAAAACCAAAGUCUGACUAUAUGUAAAUAGCAUCCCAUUCACAUUUCAUCAUCCAAUACACUAGCUGGUGUACUCUUCCCACACACACACUAAUCCAUUCAUUACAUGUAUUUCAUAUUCUUCAUUACCUCAAGCCUAAGUCAUACACCCUGCUUGCUGCAAAAAAUGAGCUACUUCAUAACACUAAAUAUAUAAUUACAAUGUUU